AUGUGGUUGGCUGGGAUCAGGUCCAAGGUCCUCAUUCGGACAAAACGGCCUAGCCAACCUCGAUCCCGAUCUUCAUCGAUGCUCGAGAACGGGGAUUUACUAGCCAGGCGUGCAAGUUUAAUCAGUCCCCCCUCCCCCCUGAAAGAGUUGGGGAUUGUACAGGCGCAUAAGGUGGCAGACGGUGAACGAGCAUCAAUCGAUCUUGCUCACGAAGAACCGGAGAAGAAUGACGAUCCUGCAAAACAAAGAGUGGAUCUGACCAAGGCACACCUUAUCUUGAGCUUUAGAGUUUAUGUUAAUGGUGGAUACAAGCUGAAACCAAUCAAGGAAAAAAAAAAGAUCUUUGUGCUAAAGAAAAGUUCAAGAAUAUCCAACAACAAAGUUAUAAUGGCAGAUUAUGGUUCUUUACCAUCUCCAAAUGAUAACUGUAGAAAAACCUCUUCCUCUUUUUUUGGUUCACCAAGGUUGUUCACUGGUUUUGCUACAAAGGGCUUUCCUGAUACUGAGUCUAUUAUGAGUCCUACUUCAAUACUUGAUAGUAGUAAACCUAUAUCUGCUUUUAGAAACCCUUUUUGGUCUGAUUCUAACUCAAACACUCCAAGAUCCCCUAAACCAGAUAGUAGAGUUCAUUGGGAGAAACUUGACUCAAAAGGGGUUGGCCUUGGCCUUGUUGAUGCUCUCAUUGAUGAAAAAUCUGAUUCCAAAGAAUUGAAUCCUGUGAGCAGAAUGGUUGUUUUUGGUUCACAAUUGAAGAUUCAGAUCCCUACUACUUUGCCUCCCUCUUUUCAUUCCCCUACUGAUUCACCACCUUCUCCUGGUGAUUUUGGUAUCAAGACUAGAAAUUCUCAGUUAGGUUCUUUCUCCCCAUCUGCUAUGAAGAAAUCUCCAUUUGGGUCUUCAAAUUCUAACAUGGACAUCCCAAAUUCACCAGGGGCAUUCAGUAGUCUCUCUGCCGCUGAGAUGGAGCUUUCUGAGGACUAUACUUGUGUCAUUUCAUAUGGUCCAAAUCCAAGAACCACUCACAUAUUUGAUGAUUGCAUUGUUGAGAGCUGUUGUGGUGUUGUUAAAUACUCUGCUUCAAGAAAAGAAGAUGAGCAUUUUCCCAGUCUGCCAAUGAGCUAUUCCUAUCCCUCUGAGAGCUUUCUCAGCUUCUGUCACUCUUGCAAGAAAAAUCUUGGAUUAGGGAAAGACAUUUACAUGUACAGAGGUGAGAAGGCAUUUUGCAGCAGUGAUUGCAGAUACAAAGAAAUGAUGUUGGAAGAGGGAAUGGCUAAACCAGAGACUGAUGAUGUAUAUGGUAUUAUUUCUUGAUAGUAACUGAGUCACUCAAGGCUGAUGGCAAGUUUUAUCUGUGACUAUUGUCUAUUGCAGAUUCAAAACUGUUUUUUGUAAAUUGGCAUAAUUGAAUCUGUUUAGAUGUAUCUGUCAUUUUUUUUUUUUUUGCCUUAUUUUUUUGUUUUUGGUUUAGGGGUAAGAAUAUGUCUUUGUUGAGGAACAGGAAAGCUGAUGAGUUAAUAUUGAAGUGAUUGAUGAAUUUUUAUUUGAAAGAAAAGAUGUAGUAGGUGAUUAUGGUGUCUGACACUACUUUGUAUGCUUUUUGAAAGUUUUAUAUAAAUGAUGUUGAUUGAUGAUGUUA